GUUAUCCACUAACAGGGUAUUUUAUUAUCAAAUUCUCUAUUAUUCUGAUCAAGUAUAUUAGAGAAUAAAUAGUGGCUUACUUGAUGAAUAGACAGUGGUUUGUUUACAUCUUGCGCAUAUGCAAAUUUAGUAGAGAAGUAGGUAACACGUGACCAGAAUCAACCAAUGAGAGCCAAGUAAAUAUAAUAGAACAGUUAAAAUUGGAAUUGUGAAAGGGACAGCACGUGAAUUUAUACAAGCAUUACAUUUGUCGUCGAAUCGUAAUCUACAUUGACGUUUCACUCUGACUUCGUGGAGGACUAUUGUACAGACAUACUGGCGAACUUUUGACGCCAUAUGUGAUAUUUAUUCAUGGUUUUAAGAUCGUUUUAUGAUCGUCCAGCAUCAGUUUCCUUUCUUUGGCAGCGAACUUUUGUUACGAAUUGUGUUACGUCAGUCGACUGGGAUGUUUUCGUAGUGGGACCCGCUAACAAUCAUUUGAUCAUGUAUCGAUUUGGAUGUGAUUCAAGGAUAUUGGUUACAGGACUGUAUUGAUGAUUGUGUCGAGGGAACUGAAUAGCAGCAUAAUUGAUCGAUAGACUUGUUACUCUACAUCAUCGAGUGCCAUGGCGCCUAAGCGUCGCGUGUCUCGGCGAAGCGUUCCAUACGACGUGUCUCGGCCAGAGAACUGGCUUGUGUCUAAACUCAAAGAAGAACUGAAGAAAAUGGGCGUUACACCACCUACGCAUUACAAGCAUACACAUCUGGUCAAACUUUUCAAGGAAACACAGGCCAGAUCAUACGAAACUAAUGUUUCAAACAGUGACGUCAUCUCGGCUAGCUCCACCAGGCAAGGUGCGCGAUCCCAAGAUGCAUCAGUGAUAAAUAACAAUGGCGGUCUAGUUAACAUAGUUGAGGCAUUAACGCAGACUGUAGCUUCUUUACAAGCAAACGUCGUACAGCUUACAGAUAAGGUUACAGCGUUAUCAACAACAAACUCCAGCGGGAACGAAACACGGGUUGGAUCGGCAUGCCAUUCUCUUAUAAAUCCAGACGUGCAUAUUAGCAGGCCAGUGUCUGCCGCUGCCGGCAGUGAGGCUCAAGCCGAACAACAAUCAUUCACCAUUCACACGGCGAUGACGGCGUUUAGCGGGACAUCGACCGGACAAUCGCCGUCACUCUCGUCGCCUUACGUGAGGACAGCAUAUGGAUAUGCGGCAGAAUCCCUGCCACUCAUAGAGACAAUAUCUCCCAACAUUAGGAAACAAAUAAUUGACGGUAAGGAUGUUAAUCUUACAACUUUGUUGAUCCCUUACAUUAAUGGUCCAUCCCCAUCCUCAUCAGAUAAGCCCGACCCACGAUAUACAAGAUCGUUAAACAUCGGGGAAUUCAUCCAAGCCUUUGGGAUUUACAAGAAUAUCUUGUGUUCCGUACACUCUUCUAGGAGGGUGGAGAUGGACCUCUACGAGAGAGAUAUCAUAGACAUGGCUACGCGUUAUAACGGUAAAGGAUUCUAUGAAUACCACUGCCAGUUCUCCAAGAGGGCUGCAGCACAUUUGAGAUAUCAAAAUAUCCUGGUAGACUGGUCCAUCAGAAACAACACUCUGUUUUGCAAUAUUUUUGCCAAUUUGAAGCCAAUCAGCUGUCAACGCUGUAACAGUACAGCACAUACUACGCACUUUUGCCCCAAUAUCUUGACUCCUGCCCCUAAGAUCCAGCAGAACAACUACAAACUUGACUCGCAAACUGAUGUUCAUGGUCGGUACAGAGUAUAUUAUUUGGGUAAAGAAAUCUGCAACAACUUCAAUGGCGAAAGAGGGUGUCAGAAUGCGCGAUGUCAACAUCUUCACAUAUGUGUUACGUGUAAGAAAGAACAUGCAAAACUCCAAUGCCCUAUGCACAUUUCAAAAAACGGGCAUGGCCCUCGUCAGCCACAGGGUCAAGAAGGUUUUGAGACUGGUAUCAAAAAACUACCUGAAAACAGCAUUAUAUGUCGUAAUCUGUUGUCAUCGAGAACACAACCAGAGGUUACAUCUACACUGGUAAAUAAAGAGUUGGAUAAAGGUUUCCUCCUAGGGCCUUUCACAGACAUACCGUAUCAACAGUACCGCAUCAACCCUAUAGGAAUAGCAGAAGGGAAGUACUCCAAGAAGAAACGUCUCAUAGUAGACUUAUCUGCCCCACACAAUGACGACAAACAUCCCAGCUUAAACGAAUUGAUUGAUAAACAGGAGUUUUCAUUACAGUAUGUAACUAUUGAUAAAGCCAUUCAAGUAAUUAAAGAUUCAGGUAAAGGUUGUUGGAUGGGAAAAACUGACAUCACUGAUGCGUUUAAACUAAUACCACUGCAUCCUUCCUUGUGGCCAUUUCAUGGUAUUAAGUGGGACAAUCACUAUUACUUUUAUACUCGGUUGGUGUUUGGGAGCAGGUCAAGUCCAAAAAUUUUUGACCAUCUGUCGCGUGCUAUCUGUUGGAUAGCAGAGAAUAAUUACAACAUCAAGAAUGUGCUUCAUCUACUAGAUGAUUUUUUAAUUGUGACCAAACCUGAAGAACAGGCAGACAUCAUCAUGAAACAAUUCUUGGAGAUUUUUCACACACUUGACAUCCCUUUAGCUGCUCAUAAGACAGUAGGCCCUACUACAGGAUUAGAGUAUUUAGGGAUUUAUCUUGAUUCUGACAAAAUGGAGGCACGAUUACCAGUAGAGAAACGUGAUCGUAUCAUGGAUAUGUUGAAGUCUUUUCAAAGGAGGAAGUCCUGUACGAAACGUGAACUGUUGAGUUUACUUGGUCAUUUCAAUUUUGCAGCCAGAAUCAUUCUUCCGGGUCGCUCUUUCGUGUCGUAUCUAAUCGCAUUGUCAACAACUGUAAAUGAACUACAUCACCAUGUUAAGAUUAGUACGGAAUGUAGAACAGACCUCAACAUGUGGUAUACAUUUUUACAAGGUUGGAAUUGUGUGUCAUUCUUCAUUGAUGAUGAUAUUGUCGCAGCAGCAGAUAUCCAACUGUUUACGGACUCCACUCAACGUUCCUUUGGCGGGUACUACAACAACAAGUGGUUUCAGGGAAAUUUUCCAGACUUGGGUAGUGAGGAAGUCUCGAUGGCAUUUUACGAACUAUAUCCCAUAGUUAUGGCAUGUGUGUUAUGGGGACAUUCCUGGUCUAGGAAACGUAUUCUGUUUAACUGCGAUAAUGCUGCCACAGUAGACAUUAUCAGGAAAGGCAGAAACAAACUGUAUAGCAGACUCUUUAUCUCGUUGGCAGAUGCAGAGAUUUCGGAGCCUAGCACCGAACGCCGAUCCAAAAGCAACUGCAUGCCUUCCCAUGAGAGAUUUGAUGCUGGGUUAAGACAUGAGGUGGAAGUUUUGUGGGAAGCAUCCCUCAACAAGAAUACAAGGACAGCAUACUCAUCAGGACUACGUUGCUUCUUAUCUUUUGCAACCAUGUGUGGCGUGAUAUUUUCUAGGGGUCUACCUUCGAUUUCCGAGGAAGUGUUAGUGUACUUCGUGACCCAUUGCCACCAAAUGUUAAAGUUGAGUGCGGCUACCAUACAAGUGUAUCUAGCUGGGAUUAAAUAUUUCUACAUCAAGGCAGGCCUUGGUGAUCCUAUCGGGGAUUCUACUCAGUUAGCUUAUAUCAUGAGAGGUAUUAAGAAACAGUCGAAACCUACUGCACCGAAACGAUUACCAAUUACGUUUGAAAUAUUAAAAAGUAUCUGUUCACUUUUGAAUGGUGAUGUUUUCUCGCCAUACAUGGAUUUACAAUUAGUGUGCAUGUGUCAGAUGGCCUUUUUUGGAUUCCUAAGGUGCGGUGAAAUAACGGUUAGGAAUAAAACAAAUGAUCAAGGUUGUGUAUAUAUGAAAGAUAUCUUUAUAGCGCAGGACAAAUCUUUUUAUACUUUUACGUUGAGAAAAUCAAAAUGUGAUGUGUUUCAUCAAGGUGUCGUUAUCACUAUCCACGAAAAUAAUGCUGUUUCUCCAGUAAAGACUAUGGAUCGUUUAUACAGUCUUCGUCUUAAAGCUGGUGCUACACCUGAUACACCACUAUUUUGUGACAGAUAUAGAUCAGACGCCUUAUCCAGAGACAAAUUUUUAGAAUAUCUUAAACAAAUUUUAGACAGGUUAGGGCUUGGUGACAAACCUUACAGUGGUCACUCUUUCCGGAUUGGAGCAGCUACCACAGCUGCUGCUGCAGGAGUAGAGGAUCAUGUGAUCCAAACAUUAGGACGAUGGUCAUCAGACUGUUAUACAAGAUAUAUCAGAACCUCCCAACAUGUCCUAUGUCAAGCUCAAAACAGCAUGUGUAAUAUUUAGGUCAUGUUAAACUAAGGGUGAAGGACAUGGUGUUUUCUUUUAUAUAUGUGGUACAUUGUCAAUAUUAUUAUCUUCUUGGGGCUCUCAUUCAUUGUUGCUAUACACACACAGCACAAUUCAUUCGUUUGGCCAUUAGAAUUCCAGGGAAUUCUUUUUCCCCAUUCAGAUAAUAACUACCUUUACAGGUUAUAUCAAAUUAAUUAAUUGGAUCAUGUGUUUUUAAUAUGAAGUUAUGGUUAUAUUUUAGUAAAUGUAUACAACAUGGUGAGUAGCCCCCAAGAAGAGCCAAAAUUAAGAUUGUAAUUCAUGUUGCUGAGAAAUCUAAAAGUAAUAAAUCAUAUUCGAAUUUUAUCUAUGACUUUUCUUGUAUGUUGUGUAUAAAAUGGAAAUUUGUUUAAUUUGAGUUUAUACACAACAUAUAUAUAUAUAUAUUGCUAGCUACUGGUUAUCCACUAACAGGGUAUUUUAUUAUCAAAUUCUCUAUUAUUCUGAUCAAGUAUAUUAGAGAAUAAAUAGUGGCUUACUUGAUGAAUAGACAGUGGUUUGUUUACAUCUUGCGCAUAUGCAAAUUUAGUAGAGAAGUAGGUAACACGUGACCAGAAUCAACCAAUGAGAGCCAAGUAAAUAUAAUAGAACAGUUAAAAUUGGAAUUGUGAAAGGGACAGCACGUGAAUUUAUACAAGCAUUACAUUUGUCGUCGAAUCGUACCCACCCACCAUCCCCAGGUCAUCACCAUAGGGUAGCGAUAUAUAUAGUCAUGUAUUUAAUAAAUCUUGAUCAGGUGUAAACAUGUAACUUUUAACAUAGAAUUGUAAUCAUAUAGUAAUUGAUUUUAUGUUUGAGGUCAUUGUUGGAUCUCUAUCUUAGUUUGAUGUUUUUGUUGCAUUAAACACAUGCAGUUAUAUGGGCUACUCACCACAUAUUAUGUUUGUGUUCAGGUUUAUUAUGUUUUGUUUCAACCUAUUCUAGUCACUAGUAGCUUGCGGCUUUAGUUUAUUUUGUUGUAGUUUUGUAGUAUAUAUAUGUAACCAUCCAGUUCCUUUACCCUGUUCCAGGGUUUAGUUAUUUAACCUGUUCCAGGUUACCUCCCUUAGUUGAGAUGUACCCUGUUCCAGGGCUUAGUUAUAUAACCUGUUCCAGGUUACCUCCCUUAGAGAUUUACCCUGUUCCAGGGCUGAGUUAUGUAACCUGUUCCAGGUUACCUCCCUUAGUUGAGAUGUACCCUGUUCCAGGGCUUAGUUAUAUAACCUGUUCCAGGUUACCUUAAUUAGUGGAGAUUUGCCCUGUUCCAGGGAUUAAUUAUGUAACUUGUUCCAGGUUACCUCCCUUAGUUGAGAUGUACCCUGUUCCAGGGCUUAGUUAUAUAACCUGUUCCAGGUUACCUUACUUAGUGGAGAUUUGCCUUGUUCCAGGGCUUAGUUACAUAACCUGUUCCAGGUUACCUCCCUUAGUUGAGAUGUACCCUGUUCCAGGGCUUAGUUAUGUAACCUGUUCCAGGUUACCUCCCUUAAUUUGAGAUUUACCCUGUUCCAGGGUUUUCAUUACACAACCUGUUCCAGGUUACCUCCCUUAGUUGAGAUGUACCCUGUUCCAGGGCUUAGUUAUAUAACCUGUUCCAGGUUACCUUCCUUAGAGAUUUACCCUGUUCCAGGGCUUAGUUUAAUGUAACCUGUUCCAGGUUACCUUACUUAGUGGAGAUUUGCCUUGUUCAAUGGCCAUUAGAAUUCCAGGGAAUUCUUUUUCCCCAUUCAGAUAAUAACUACCUUUACAGGUUAUAUCAAAUUAAUUAAUUGGAUCAGGUGUUUUUAAUAUGAAGUUAUGGUUAUAUUUUAGUAAAUGUAUACAACAUGGUGAGUAGCCCCCAAGAAGAGCCAAAAUUAAGAUUGUAAUUCAUGUUGCUGAGAAAUCUAAAAGUAAUAAAUCAUAUUCGAAUUUUA